AAGUGGCCAAUGUUAGAAUUAAAAACCAAAGUUGGCGGGUUUUACGGUACUCUCUGGUAAGCUGGGAUGGCUGGAAUCUCUUGUGUUUUAGUGUUCUGCGAUGUACCUAAUUAAAACAGAAUAAACGAGCAUCUUGAAGAAAUAACUAAUGGUUUAUUUGCAAAGUCCUAACAGGUUAUGGGCCCAGUGCUCAUAAUUCUAUUUUAGGCGAAGAUCAAAGAGAUAGUUUUUGGUGCGAGCGAGGAGUCAGCGCAAUCGGUGUGCAACGUGUUUUGGUCAACAACACAAGGCUGUGUUGUUGUUGAAAGCGGCGUCUGAAGGAGGUCGUGUGGAGUGCAAUCGAGGCAAAUCACGGCAUCAGAUUUCCACGUGGUAUAGUUGCUAAAUGUCGGAGACAGACCCUAGCAUCAUGGCGGUGGUGGCGCCAAACUCGGUCAUCAUACUGGAGGGCCAGCGCAACUGGAGCGUGUGGAAAUUCCAAGUGACAGUGGUAUGUGAUGAUGAAUAUAGAAUUUUAAAUUUGAAUUCCAAGUUUGCAGGUGCAAAUCGUGAUUCCUUUAUAAGGGGAAAACAGUGGUUUAAACACAUACAUGCAAUCUUUGCACCAAAAUGGAGAAAUUGUCUGGCUUUUAGGAGAUUCUGGAUAUCCCUACCGCCUGUGGCUUAUGACACCAUUUUUAGACGCUGAGUCCAAUAAUUAUAAUGAAAAGCACAUGAGAGCUCGAGUUGUUAUUAAAAACACAUUUUCAAGGUUGAAAAAUCGAUGGAGAUGUCUGCACAAGGAUAGAGUUUUGCAUUACAAGCCCGUAAAAUGUGCACACAUUAUUUUAGCAUGCUCUGUGUUACAUAAUAUAAUUAUUAAUUUUGGUGUUGAGGAUACAGAGGAAAAUAUAGGUAGGUAUCUUAAUUUUAAAUUGAAUUACUAUAAUAUCAAAAGGUUUCAGAGUGUAUUAUGAGAUCAGACGAGAGGUCCAUACCCAAAGGGAUGUAGUAUUUUUGGAAGGCAAGAGAGGUGGAGGAAUGGAAAUGUGACUAGGAGGUGAUGGAGGAAAUGGUUUUGCUGGACAUGUUAUCUGAGAACAAAGUAGUAGAGCAACAUGAGGAAAGUGAAGAAGAGUUCCAUGACACAAAUACGGAUGAAGACCAAGGGGAAGAACAGGAUACUUUUAGAAUUUUUGUAUCUGUAGCUACAAAACUAACUUUGAAUAUUAGUCAAAUGGAUGUUUGCGGGGCUUUUUUAAAUGCUAAGCUUGAUGAGGAGUUAUAUUUGUCACUGCCAGAGGAAACUGAGGUAAAAUUUGUAAAACUAAAUAAAUCAAUCUAUGGUUUGAAAAGGUCUCCCAAAUAUUGGAAUGAAACAUUUAAUAAUGUAAUGUUAUCUAUGGAUUAUAAACAGUUCGAUAAGGGCUAUUGUUUGUAUUCUAAAUGUGAAGGGAAAAAUAAAACAUCCUUAUUGUUGUAUGUGGACGAUAUACUGUAUUUUGGAAACAACAAACUUGAGCAGAGUAAACUAAGAAACACGCUAUGUCAAACAUUUAAAGUAAACCAAGAUUUAGAUUCAGGGGUCACGAAUUUCACAAAAGGACUACAUAAGAAACAUUUUGUCAGAAUAUAAUAUGUCAGAUUGCAAAACAUUGUCAUUAACUAUUGAUAAAGAUUUUAAUUUUCAUAUUCUAAAGAGGGAAAAGUCAGUGUUCUAAUUGAAAAUAAAUGUAGAAGAUUGAUAGGAAGCUUGAUGUAUGCGGCAAUGGGCACUAGGCCAGACAUAUGUGCAGUUGUUAAUAUUCUAAGUCGGUAUCAGAAUUGUGCAUCCACACUUUUGUUUAAACUAUUGUUAAACAUUUUGAGAUAUUUAAAGGGCACACGUGAUUUAUGUCUUAUAUACUAUAGAGAUUCUAAUGUUGAUGAGGUUUUAGGCUAUGUUGAUAGUAACUGGGGUGGUUGUAAUGAUCGUAAGUCAACAACAGGCUGUAUUUUUAAAGAUUUUGGAAGUUCUGUAAUGUAAAUUUCAAAAAAACAGCAGACUGUUUCCUUGUCCUCUACAGAGGCUGAAUUUAUUGCCCUGUGUUCAGUAAGCAGUGAAGCUUGUUGGCUAAAAGAUGUUUUGUACAUUUUUGGGUUCCAGACUAAUAUAGUAAUUUUUGAAGACAACCAGUCCACUAUCAAGAUGGCACAGAUGGCCACUGGUAAUUCUAGAGUAAAACACUUAGAAAUAAAGCUUUCAUUUGUAAAAGAAAAGUUGGAUAAAAAUAUUAUAGAAUUGAGAUAUAUAACAGUGACCAACUCGCAGACAUAUUAACCAAAGCUUUGGGGGAACUUUGUUUAGAAAAUUAAGGGAUAGGUUGUUUGGUAAAUAAGAAGUCUUAUUGUUAUUAAAAAUAUUUUAUUGAGGGGAGAUGUUAAGUAACAAAAUAAUUGUAAGUCCUAACAAAAUAAAUAAAUUUG